AAUCCGAAAGUCCACGUCCAUCGCUCAGCCGACCGCUUCACGCGCGAUGGAGUCCGACUGGGAAGACAUUCGCAGGCUCGCAGCGGACCUGCAGCGAGUUCAGCUGACGGACACCGCUCAAAGGCUGUCGGAGCGAUGCGUUGUGGAGCUGGUGGGUCGGCUGCUGAAGGAGAGGCGGUUGAUGCUGAUUCAUUCCCGCGAUGGCAAAGACAUCCUGACCCUGGAUCAGCUGGAGAGGGAGAUCAUUGAUGAGGUCCAUGCUCACGGAGGCCGUGCGAACCUGCCUGACCUUCAGCAGCUGCUCAACGUCGACGUGUGCCACAUCGAGGCCAAGGCCGUGGACAUGUGUCGCUCGGACAAGGAGUUGACGCUCAUCCUGGGACAGAUCUUACACAGCUCGUACCUGGACCGGAUCGGCGAGGACGUCAACGAUCGUCUGCAAGAGGCCGGGUUUGUCAACGUCUCCGAACUCUGCAAAGUUUACGAUCUCCCGACGGACUUCCUGACCGAGGUGCUGCGCGAGCGCCUGGGCUCGCUGGUGUCGGGGCGAGGGGACGCGCUUGACCUGGGCGUCGUCUACACGGACGCCUUCGUGUCCCGGCACCGCGCACGUAUCCGGGGCCUCUUCACCGCCAUCACGAGGCCCACGAGUGUCCACAAUUUGAUCAACCAGUUCGGGUUUCAGGAGCGAUUGUUUUACACCGUGCUGGAGGAGUUGGUGAAGGCCGGGCGGCUGAAGGGCUCCCUGGUGGGUGGCCGUCGCGAGCACUCGGUGUUCGUCCCCCAGCUCUACGCUCGCACCCAGAACCAGUGGGUGGACAACUUCCUGAGCCUCAACGGAUUCCUGGAGCUGGAGGCCCUGUCCAGGCUGGGCAUCCCAGACCCGGACGGCUGGGUGCGCCGCCGCUACGAAGGCGCGGGCCUGGUGCGCCUCGCGACGGCCUACGUGCGGCCCUCGCUCAUCGACGCUGUCCACGCCGCGCUAGACGAGGCCUUGGCCACGGGCACGUGGGUCGACGUGCAGCCGCUGCUGCCCUCGUCGCUGAGCCCGGCGGACGUUGAGGGGGUGUUGCGGUCGUGGGCGGGGGGCGGCCGGGCGGCCCCCGCCCACGUGGUGCUGUGCGGCCGCCUCGUCGCUUCCGCCGACUUCCUCAACUCCUGCCUGGAGCUCUUCCAGGAGAGCGUCCGUGCACACGCGUCACAGGAGGCGCUGCGAGCCCCCGCCCUGGUGAUCUCAGAGCAGCAGCUGCUGUCGCUCUCCUCCUGCGCCGCGUCCACGGCGCCAGCCGAGCAGGGAGACGAACGGCGGCGGAGAGUGCACGACACGAAGGCGUCGCGCGGCAACGCUCGGGAGGUGAAGACGAAGAAGCAGCAGAAGCGUCCCCGCGGGAAGGGAGACCCCAACGACGACGACGACCACCACCAGCACCACCAGGCCUCGGGCGGCCGUGGGCACGCGCCCGCACCCUCGUACCCUCCACUGGCCGAGGUGAAGGACGUCCUGGCCAAGAAGUUCCCGGAGUUCGACAGAGACGCCAUUGACGAACUGGCGGAGGAGUUGUCCCGGCCGCUCUCCCAAGCCUACACCGCCGCGCUGCAGUCGGCGCUGCUGGUGGCGACGCAGGGUGAGCCGGGCGGCACGGGGAGCCAGCGGAGGCAGGGACGCAGGGACCUGCAGGAGGAGCUGUCGGCCUCCGUCGCCAACAUCCGCUUAUUCCUGCGGGGAGCCCUUCUGUUUCCUGAUGACGUGCAGCCGAACCUGAGCCGCCACCUGCUCAAGACGCUGUGCGCAGACGUGGGGAACUCGGUGUUCGCGUCCCUCGCUUCGGACGCCGCCUCCGCGUCGUCGCCGGAGGCUGCCGGGCCCAUCACUGCCGAGGGGCGGCUCAAAAUCCUCGGGAAGGUGCCGGAGGACUUGCGCCGUCCACUCGUCAAGCUGCACGCCAUGAUGGGAGGCAAGAGCGUGGAGGAGUUCCUAUCGUCUCUGGAGGAGGCCGCUGAGGCUUGUGACCUCAUGAUCAAGAAGGUGGACAGGAAACGGGAGAGGCAGCUGCUGUUCCAGCACAGGCAGGCGCUGCUGGGGCAGCUGGGUACGUGCGAGGACCCGGCCCUGGUGCUGCACCUCACCGCCACGCUACUCUUCCAGCAGGCGAGGCAGGCUGCGCUGCACGCGCCGGGCCGCUCCGUGCCCAGCAUCGUCGCCCACCUCCACGGAGUCAUUCUCCCGGACCACCACGCUCUGCUACUACGCUUCCAGUCGCUCGUCGUGAAGCUUCUCAUUGGCCAGGGCAAGGGGGCGGAGUCGGCUACUGCUGCGGCGUCGUCAUCGGCGGCGCUGUCCAAUCAGGAUGCGGCUCUCGGGCACGCCCCCGAGGGGGACCAAUCGGAGAAGGCGACAGCCGAGGAGCUGCGCUCCCUGAUUCCCUCGCUCAAGGAGUUGGUGACAAAGCCCAGGAAGACGUCCGGUUCGGAGGCCUAGGGCCGGCCCGGGGG